CUAUAUUUCAGGAUGGAGCUAAAAUGAGUGACUUAGAAGGACAAGGACGUGAGGUCAUCAGUCACAUGAUCAAACAUUUGGUGACGUCUGCGAAGGCCAGUCUUGGAAGAGAAAUUCUGGAGGAAACACUAACAGAGAAUGGACGUUAUAAAGAUGGCGGUGGUUCUGUACUUUCAAACCCAACAGAAACUGAUGACAUCGGAAAUGAGGUCCCCAUUUUCAAAGACAGAGCGAAAAUCCCCGCACUUGACGCCAGCGGUCAAGCCGUCCUAAGGACCAUGCUCCAGAACCUGGUACAGGGCGUCGCUCUUAGCUUGGAGCGAGGGAACAUGGAAACGAUGGUACAGACCACAGAUACAGUUUUACAUGGCGACGAUGGGAAUCAGGCCGUGCAUCCAACUCUACCGUGCAACCUGAUGCCCAAUGACUCCACUAGCCUGGCGCAAAUUGACGCCGCCAAUCCAAAUCCCAGAAACAUUAUAACUUCGAUCAACAGCGACGCCAUAAAACGAAGUAACCGUGACGCCAACAAUCCUUUUCAUAGUGACGCCGCAAACCCGUCUCCCAUCGACGCCACCAUACCGACGCCUAGUGACACCACCAAUAUGUUUCCAAUUAAUGUGUUUAACGACGACACCCUUGCCCAUGACAUUGAAGCCACCGGGCGAGCUUCUGAAAAUGCCAUGAAACUAAGCGACGUCACCAAACCAACAAACGAUGACGUAUUCAAAGACGGCGCCGUAAUUUACGACAUUGAUACAAACGGACGGACCGCUAUCAGGGCCAUGGUGGUAAACAUGAUCCACGAGGUAGCCAGAAAAUUGGAAGCCCAAAACAGGGCUGAUGGCAACACCGAACAUCAAAAAGUAACAGAGUUGCCUGCAUGUACUCCCGUCAUCAAAGAAUAUAUCAAAGAACGAAGUUCCCGCGAAAUUGCACUUGAUAUAAACAGUGUUAAGACAAAUGCCAAUGACGAAAUCUGUACCAGCCAUAUUAAAGAUGUCAAGGUCGAAAUAUGUGGUUCAAAGACCAGCCACGAGAGUUCUGUGUUCAAUUCGAAGGGGAGCGAGAUUUCUGUGUUCAAAGCCAGGGACAGUGAGAUUGUUGUGUUCAAUUCCAAGGAGAGCGAGAUUCCUGUGUUCAAAGCCAGGGACAGUGGGAUUGUUGUGUUCAAUGAUGACAAUAAAUCAGAGGUACAUGUGUUCAAGAACAAUAAGAAACAACAGAAAGGUUUCCGGCUGGGAAACUGGUUCUCAGGACUGUUUAGUUGCUGUGGCAGUCAGAAAACUGAUGAUUAA